AUGUCUAAACACACUAAACGCAACGCCCCCCCUUCCCCAGCACCUAAACCAGCGCCCUUCCGCUACCGCGACAACAACCCACAAAAUCUCAUCCCGGACCUCGACGACGAACAAUUCGACGCUCUAACCGCCGUGCUCCGGGCGCUGGCUAAAGGUAGCUAUCCACGCCUUGACGCCGUGCCGCUGGCGCUCAACGCGUACAACUGCAUCAACAACAGGGGCGAUGAUAAUGAUAUGCCAUGGGCGUACUUCCACACAGUCACGCUCGUCGCGCCGGAAGGCACGCCGAUGAAAACGCGGCCGAUAAUCGAGCUGGAUGAAGCGAUCAUCGAGGACCUGGAGAAGCCGUGGGUGCCGCUGCGGAGUGGAGGGGGAGGCGGUUCUCGGCAAGACUCGGCGCGGUACCGGUUCCUCUGCUUCAUCCACAAGCACCGGAUCGACCGGCGCGCGACGUUUCAGAAGGGGGUGCAUACGAUUAGUAUCUGGGACCGAGAGUGGGACGAGCUAACCUGGCACGACACCUACCACGCGCACCGCUCGACCCGGCGCCUCGAAAUCAAGUCCUUCUGGCAGUCCGCCGUCGCCGCCGGCCUCAUCGGCAGCAGCACCACCACCUCCUCCUCCUCCCCAUCCCGCACCACCUUCAUGUCCCGAAUCCGCUACCGCACCGUCUACCACUGCAGCGCGCACAUCGAGGCCACCCUGCGCGGCCUCGUGCCGCCGCGCAACACGCUGUGGGCCGUGAUGGGCGCGGCGCUGUUCCACAUGAACGGCGCGCGCGACCCGCAGGUGAGCAUCGUGCCGGACUGCCUCGAGCUGUUUGGCGGGCAGGCGCGGGUGCUGCUGCCGCGGUUCUUUGUGCACUUGCUGUGUCUGUGUCUGGAUGCGCGGCCGGGGUGGUCGCGGGAGGAGCAGAGGGGGUGGGUGGGGAGGCUGAGGGUGGUGGAGAGGGUGGCGUGGUUGGGGUUGAGGGCGAGGGAGCUUUUGGAGUUGAGGGGGUUGGUUGCGGGGGAGGGGGAGGGGGAGAGGGAUUGGAUUUGUGAGGUUUUGAAGAUAUGA